AUGGCGGGCCGCGGCCGCCGCGCCUGGCUCAGCGUUCUGCUGGGGCUGGUGCUGGGCUUCGUGCUCGCAUCGCGCCUCGUCCUGCCCCGCGCCUCCGAGCUGGCGGCGGCGGCGCGGCCCCACCGAGCCCGCCCGCAGGGCUGCCGCCCGCCGCCCGCCGCCGCCGCCGCCGCCCCGCCGCGCCGCCCCGGCCCGCCGGCACAGAGCUUCCUCUUCGUGGGGGUCAUGACGGCGCAGAAGUACCUGCGGAGCCGUGCCGUGGCCGCGCACCGAACGUGGUCCAAAACCAUUCCUGGCAAGGUCGAAUUCUUCUCCAGCGAGGGUUCGGACACCUCUAUCCCCAUCCCCAUCGUGCCACUUCCAGGUGUAGAUGACUCCUACCCCCCCCAGAAGAAAUCCUUCAUGAUGCUCAAAUACAUGCAUGACCACUACUUGGACAAAUACGAAUGGUUUAUGAGGGCUGACGACGACGUUUACAUCAAAGGGGACAAACUGGAGAACUUCCUCAGGAGCCUGAACAGCAGCGAGCCCCUGUUCCUGGGCCAGACCGGCCUGGGCACCACGGAGGAGAUGGGGAAGCUGGCGCUGGAGCCGGGGGAGAACUUCUGCAUGGGGGGGCCAGGAGUGAUCAUGAGCAGGGAGGUGCUGCGGAGGAUGGUGCCGCACAUCGGCGAGUGCCUGCGGGAGAUGUACACCACGCACGAGGACGUGGAGGUGGGACGCUGCGUGCGCAGGUUCGCGGGGGUGCAGUGCGUCUGGUCCUACGAGAUGCAGCAGCUGUUCUACGAGAAUUACGAGAAGAACAAAAAAGGCUACAUCCGGGACCUGAGGAACAGCAAAAUCCACCGAGCCAUAACGCUGCACCCCAACAAGAACCCCCCGUACCAGUACAGGCUGCACAGCUACAUGCUGAGCCGCAAGAUCGCCGAGCUGCGCCACCGCACCGUGCAGCUGCACCGCGAGAUCGUGCUCAUGAGCAAGUACAGCAACACCGAAAUCCACAAGGAGGACCUGCAGCUGGGCAUGCCGCCCUCCUUCAUGCGCUUCCAGCCCCGCCACCGCGAGGAGAUCCUGGAGUGGGAGUUCCUUACAGGGAAGUAUCUGUACUCGGGCGCCGACGGGCAGCCGCCGCGCAGAGGGAUGGACUCGUCUCAGCGCGAGGCGUUGGACGACAUCGUGAUGCAGGUGAUGGAAAUGAUCAACGCCAACGCCAAGACGCGGGGGAGGAUCAUCGAUUUCAAGGAGAUACAGUAUGGAUACCGCAGGGUGAACCCCAUGUACGGAGCAGAGUAUGUGCUGGACCUGCUGCUUCUCUACAAGAAGCACAAGGGGAAGAAGAUGACGGUCCCCGUGAGGAGGCACGCGUACCUGCAGCAGACCUUCAGCAAGAUCCAGUUCAUGGAGCACGAAGAGAUGGACGCCAAAGAGCUGGCCAGCAAAAUCAACCAGGAUUCUGGGUCCUUGUCCUUCCUCUCCAACUCGCUGAAGAUGUUUGUCCCGUUCCAGCUCAGCAGGUCCAAAGCAGAAAGGAAGGAGCUCAAAGACAAGAAGAUCAACAUUCUGAUCCCUCUGUCCGGACGGUUCGACAUGUUUGCGAGGUUCAUGGGGAAUUUUGAAAAGACGUGCCUCAUUCCAAACCAGAAUGUCAAGCUGGUUGUCCUGCUUUUCAAUUCCAACUCCAACCCUGACAAAGCGAAGCAGAUCGAGCUGAUGAGAGAUUACCGCUCCAAAUACCCCAAGGCUGACAUGCAGGUUCUGCCGGUGUCGGGGGAGUUCUCAAGGGCACUGGCUCUUGAAGUCGGAUCUUCUCAGUUCCAGAACGAGUCUUUACUCUUCUUCUGUGAUGUUGACUUAGUGUUUACCACAGAAUUCCUCCAGCGGUGUAGAGCCAACACAGUUUUGGGUCAGCAAGUUUAUUUUCCCAUCAUUUUUAGCCAGUAUGAUCCAAAGAUUGUUUAUAGUGGAAAGGUUCCUAGUGACAAUCAUUUUGCCUUCACUCAGAAAACAGGUUUCUGGAGGAACUAUGGCUUUGGUAUCACCUGUAUUUACAAAGGUGACCUUCUUCGAGCGGGUGGCUUCGAUGUCUCCAUCCAAGGUUGGGGCCUUGAAGACGUAGAUCUAUUUAACAAAGUCAUUCAAGCUGGCUUAAAAACUUUCAGAAGCCAAGAGAUUGGAGUAGUCCAUGUGCAUCACCCUGUUUUUUGUGACCCUAAUCUUGAUCCAAAACAAUAUAAAAUGUGCUUGGGGUCCAAAGCUUCAACAUAUGGGUCCACACAACAGCUGGCUGAAAUAUGGUUUGAAAAAAACGACCCAAAUUUUGGGAAAAGCAGCAAUACUAAUGGCUCAGUGAGGACAGCCUAAUGUCCAGCUAUGCUGGAAAAGACUUUUUUUUUAAUUAUCUAAUUUAUUUUUGGGAAAAUGUUUUUUGAUAAUUCACUUUUAAAAGACCACACAGGAUAUAUUUUAGAAAUCAUCAUUGUUUUCUUACAAAGCUCUCAUUUUGAGAAGAACAAGGCCCUUGGGUUUUUUUUGUUGUUGUGUUUUUGGUUUUGAACAAAACUGUGAUCAAUAUUUGCCUUCAAACAAAAAAAAAAAAAAAGAAAGAAAAAAAUUGUCUAAGAGUUAUCUGAUCAGCGGAAAUCUGACUUGAAUUAGAAUUUCCUUAUGAACAAAAGAUUGUUUCCUACCGUUUCCGUUGCCGUCUUCACGGCUGGGAUUCUGUAAAUGUGGACCUGAGCGUGCAAAGCCAAGUGACAAAACGCUGUGUCUAAAUGUUUUUGGUGUGACUGCUACCGUGCAAAGAUUCUGCUCCUUUGGUUCAGGAUUAGCCAUUAAUUCUCCAGUUGCGUUAGAAAAUCCGAGUCGCUGUGGCGAUGACAAAGGGUGGGAAUCGCAGGAGGGGUUUUUGUUUUUCCCUAAUAGCUGAUUAUUUCAGUUUACAAAUACACCUCCACUUAGGAUGGGCAGGUGAGGGAAGGAAGUAAGCACAAGCCGUGAUCCUUGUGGAAAUUGUUGUGUUUGGUGUUUGGAGCGUUUGGGGAAGCCGUGGUGGGUUCUGUGUUCUGUCCUCAGCCACCCUCCGAGGCUGAGCCCGGGGAGCAGGGAAUGCUGAGGAGCUGGGGAUGGGAAUCUCUGGCAGCCAAAGGACAGCACACAAUGAACAGUCCAAGAUGCCUGAGGAGAGCCUGGGGAACUCCUCUGCACCGAGUGUCCCGCGCCCGACCGCGUCUAUGUCCUUCGGUCACGUGAUGUUAAUGGGAACAAUUAUUACAUUUGAUUGCUAGUUUUGUUUUGGGAUUAUUUUUUUUUUUCUGUAUCUGCUAGACCGUUAAUUUAUUUAAUAUCCAUUGUUUUAGGUUCUUGACCUUUCCUUGAAUAUCUGUUAGUCAUUUUAAUAUUUUAUAUAUAUAUAUAUGCGUGUGUAAAUAUAUAUAUAUAUAUAUAUUAGGAAUGUAUUGCAUCUUCUCACUGAUAAGGUAGUGUACAUCAUACUUACAGUAAAUGAUCUCCAAAGAUUACUUUCUAAAAUAUUUUUUCAUUAAUCUUUUUUUUUUUUUUCCCCCAAAUUUCUUCAACAUUUUUGGAAUGACUUCAGUGAGUUUAGGAAUUUUUUUGGUAUUCUAAGAGGAACUGGGGAUGAGGAGGCUGAAUACAAGGAAAGUGUGAUCCCUAUGAGUUAACACCUAGCAAGGUAAGAGAAAAUUCACGAAAUAAAGUGCCUUAAAGCCAGAUAGGGAACCCUGUACACUGAGACUUAGACACUGACUGGACAUUGUCAUUGAAGCAGAUGAUCUCUUGGGACCUAUGUACCUGUAAAUAUCCUGCUCAGCAGAAACACAAAAUAAAAACCAGCGAACAAUAUAUUUUUCUAUCGUAUCUUCCAGCCCUAUUUCAUCCCAUUGCCCUCAGUUCCACUUUGCCUGCUCUUUGGGAAGUGGAGGCAAGUGAAAGAAUGGAGAAAACCCAAGGCUUUGGUGGUUGUUGCCACAUUUGAAGGGAUCUUACAGUGCAAUUGCUAUUCCAGUAGAAGAAAUAACCAUUGUUUACACGUGUAUGCAGUAUGAACUGCAACUAGCAUAGAGACUCUGUCUUACAAUGUUCAUCAUUUUCUGGUGACAGUCCCAAGGAUGUAGGUGUAUGGAAAAUUUUUCUUUUCCUCCUCCCUCUUUUUUUUUUCCUUCCUUUCUUUCUUUCUUUCUUUUUUUUUUUUAAGACUUGCUUCUAAGAUGCAAUAAAGAUUUUUUUAUUUGCAAUCGAAGCUGCUCCCGUCGUCAGUCCGUGUCAUUCCACCCAGCAGAGGAACAGAGUCACACACUUUGGGAAGUAAGCCCAGGUAAAAGGAUCUCCCUCUUCCAAAGGGUUUUGACCUCUGUGUUGUGUUGUGGCAUGGGAUGAGCCUUGGCUCUGAGGGAAAGCAGAACAAACCCAUUCAUCAGGAGCUGGUGCUGAUGAGCUGUGCCAUUCCCUGGUUUUGACUUUUUCCCUCAUGAAAAUGUUAA